AUGCCUGGAGCCUACGUGCCUCCCCACUUGCGCAAUCGCAGUCCUGCUUCAUCGACCGCUUGUGCCUCGUCAUCCAACUCGGCUUCCUCCGGCGGCCAGUCCUCCCGCCCUCGCCCAGCCAGCUCCGACCGCUCAGCGGGCGGGCCCUCCCAGUCCCGCACUCCAUGGUCGCGUACAACACCAGCCUCUUCAUCUCGGGAAGCAGCAUCGGCUGCACCAUGGCCCACAUACGACGCUCAGCCCAUGUCGCGAACAGGGUCCGCGGGUGGCGGACCCAGCGUCAGCCGGUCUUCUUCUGGUCCAGGGCGAGCUCGCGCGACUGCGCCACCGACAAGUAGCAGCCCAAGCUUAUUCGUCUUCGGGGACAGCUUCGUCGGACCUAUGAAGCUGCUCAGCAAUGAUUGCGCGAGAAAGACGACAUACAAAGGAGCUUCGGCCAAAGGGCUCAACAAUCCAAAGUCUGCCAAGCAAGUCUCCAAGCAGCUACUACCCGCGCUGGAGGACCUCCUCGCUCCGCCCCCAUAUCGGUAUAUGCCAUCCGGCGGUCGCUGGGCACUGCUCAUAUUCGGCAAUGUGGACCUUCAGAUCAACUAUCUCUGGCAGCUUCAGAAUAAACCUCUCUCUCACCUCUCCUUCGAAACUCCCACAUCCGCUUCCACAUCACAAAGCGAAACCGAGACGGACGAAGAAGACCAAACGCCCGGACUGUCCCGCACGGUCCUCGCCCGCGCCACCGAGACUUCCUUGACUGGUCCGGCGCUCGGUCCAGAGCUGUUUGUCAAGGCGGUCGCGAAGGCGUACAUCUCUUUCCUCGAGCGCGAGAUCGUCAAUGGGCCGAUCGGGGAACGGCUUCGCGAGUCUGCCGCACGUCGUCGCGCCAUCCAGGCAGGAGAAGCUACGGGCAAGAUACCUCCACCGGGCAAGAUGCUCGUCGCUGCUGCUCUACCUCCUCUGGUGGAAGAUGGUAUACUGCCGCGGAUACCGGAGAAGUACGUCGAGCGGCUAGAGGAGGAUCACCAAAAGGCGCAAAAGUUACUUGAUUCGACGGGAACGCGGGAAUGGCGGGAUUAUCAGAUGAAGCGGGAUUCGAGUACAGAGGGGAUAGAAGCUGGGGUGUCGACAAUGGGGAUGACGGAUCGUCCGGUCACUCCCAUCUCGGGUCGGUCACAGUCAUCCCAGGGUACCGACAUAUUCGAUCAAACUACCUCGGCUCCAUCUCUCGCAUCUUCGUGCUCGUCGGUCUCGAGCCCCUCGUCCGCCCCACAGUCCAAAAAGACGACUAUCGAAUCCCUCCUCUUGCAUGACCCACCACUAUGCACUCUCCCCGUCCGUAUAUCCAUGACCAAUACCUACAACUCCCUCAUCUCGGCCUUUUGCGCCCAACAUCCCGACGUCCUCUCCUUUAUUGACAUCUCGCCCCAGAUGCACGAGAUCGACGCCAAGUCCGGCUGGACACUUCCUACGCCCGCCUCGGUCGAUCGAGGCGUCUGGGCGUGUCCGGUGGAUCCGACCAACGUACAUCCGCUAUGGGAGCCCACACUCCCGCUUUGGCUCGAGGCGAUGAAGAGGGAAGGGCUGCCUACGGAGGGUUACAAGGUGGAAGAGGGGGAAGAGGAGACGUUCCGGGCGUACGAGGAGGACAAGAAGAGGAGGACGGCAGCGAGGGGGGAAGAGAGGGAGAGGGAAAGGGCGGUCAAGAUCAGGGAGGAGGAGUAG